AACGCGUAUCUUGUGGGCCGGCUGCUCCUGGCCUCACUGAUGUGCGACGCGCCAGCCAGGAGCUAGGUGCGCGAGUGGGGAGAGCAGCGGCUUCUGACACGUAGGCUUGGGCUUCUCCCGAGUGGGUAGGUCCGUGCUGAGAGAUGAAACUUUAAUUUUGGUGGGAGGCUGGCUCCUUAUAUCCGAGUGCGAGGAAUGCUGGGAGGGACUGGCGACGUCUGUGGCGGGAGGGACCGCGCGACAGCAGAGAUUUGCGGGUGCCCUUCCCCCCCCACCACGUGACCGCCGCCAUCUUGUUCUGCCGGCGCGGAGGGAAGGCAGGGGUGAUCAGGCCCUGCGCAGUGGCACAAAAUGACGGGCGUGGUGGUGGUGAUUUGAGCAUGCGCGAAGGCCGCCCCCAAAUGGCUGCUUCCCUGAUGCGGCACUGCCGAUUCCCGGCUUUUCCGCUGUUCUUUUAGUACUCAAAUUGACGGCCAUGUCUUCUGAAGAAGGGAAGCUUUUCGUGGGAGGACUCAACUUCAACACCGACGAGCAGGCUCUUGAAGACCACUUCAGCAGCUUCGGUCCUAUUUCGGAGGUGGUUGUUGUCAAGGACCGGGAGACUCAGCGAUCCCGGGGUUUUGGUUUCAUCACCUUCACCAAUCCGGAGCAUGCCUCAGAUGCCAUGAGAGCCAUGAAUGGAGAGUCUCUGGAUGGUCGCCAGAUCCGUGUGGAUCACGCGGGCAAGUCGGCCAGGGGAACUAGAGGGGGUGCCUUUGGGGCCCAUGGGCGUGGUCGCAGCUACUCUAGAGGUGGUGGGGACCAGGGCUAUGGGAGUGGCAGAUAUGACAGUCGACCUGGAGGAUAUGGGUAUGGAUAUGGAAGGACCAGAGACUAUGGUGGCAGAAGCCAGGGUGGUUAUGACCGCUACUCUGGAGGAAAUUACAGAGACAAUUACGACAACUGAGAUGAGGCAUGUGCACCUGAUGUAGAUACACAAGGAAUAAAACUUCUGGUCCAGGAUCAUCCUUCCAAAUGGCUGUAUUUAUAAAGAUUUUUGGAGCUGCACUGACACAUCUGUUUUAGUACAUCAACUUCUAUUUUUGAACUGAGCUCCCAAGGUAGCUUGUCACAAAGAACUUUUAGAAAGCUCCAUGUGUUUUUAAAAUUUUUUUCUCUUUUAAAUAAUAAUCCUGGGACUUUUGUAGAGUCUGGGUAUUUUUUUCUUCUACCAAUUUCUCAGUUUGGGCUCUCAGGAUUACUGAUUAUGGCAAAAAAAAAAUGUUCAGACUGCCUUUUAAAAAAAAUAACGUGCAUUUAUCAUGAUAAGGAAGCAUUUCCAAAU